AUGGCGACGCCUCCCGAUUCACCAAUUGAAGAAGGUUAUUUUGAUAUUGGUACGACAAGAGUUUUCAAACAUCCAACAGUUGCACUCGAAGAUCUUUGCAAACAAACAAAAUUUUCAAGGCACGAAAUCCGAGUCAUGUACAGAGGAUUUAAACAGGAAUGUCCGGAAGGCGUGGUUUUAGAAGAAGCUUUUAAAGACGUUUACCAAAAAUUUUUCCCACACGGGAAUUCAAGUUCUUAUGCUCAUUAUGUGUUCAAAGCCUUUGACGUCAAUUGUAAUGGAGCUAUUACGUUUAGGGAUAUGUUAGUGACGUUAUCGACGCUUUUAAGAGGUUCCGUUUACGAAAAAUUACGUUGGACAUUUAAAUUAUACGACAUAAACGGGGACGGAUGCAUAACGAGAUCGGAAUUAGGUGAAAUAAUUCUUGCCAUACACGAAUUAAUGGGAAGGAGACCGCAUCAAAUAGACGACGAUAGAAAAGCGAGAGAUCAAAUCGACAGAGUCUUCCGUAAGUUAGAUUUAAAUCAAGAUGGCGUCAUAACGUUAGAAGAAUUUAUGGAAUCUUGCUUGAAGGACGAUGGAAUAACAAAAUCCCUACAAGUAUUCGAUUCGGCGCUAUGA